AUGGGCACGACAUUCUCAAUGAAGAACCGGCGUGUGGGCGCGGUGGCGGAGGUACCCGGUUCUACCGAGACCCUCGGUGGGCCUCGGAGAAAGGACAGGUGCGGGAAUCCGGGCCCAUCCAGCCCCUUCCCCGGCUGGGGCGCGGUCUGGCGGGACCCCCGCGGGAGCGAGAAAAGGCCCAAAGGUGGGGGCUGCGCACUAUCCCCAGGCCCGAGGCAGAGCCCCGCGGAGGCGCAGGCCCAACCUUCGUGUGGUGUCAUCGGGCUGGUGGCCUUGUACCUGGUGUUCGGUUAUGGAGCGUCUCUCCUCUGCAACCUGAUAGGAUUUGGCUACCCAGCCUACGUCUCAAUUAAAGCCAUUGAGAGUCCUAACAAAGAAGAUGAUACCCAGUGGCUGACCUACUGGGUAGUGUACGGUGUGUUCAGCAUUGCCGAGUUCUUCUCUGAUCUCUUCCUGUCAUGGUUCCCCUUCUACUACAUGCUGAAGUGUGGCUUCCUGUUGUGGUGCAUGGCCCCGAGCCCUUCUAAUGGGGCUGAACUCCUCUAUAAGCGCAUCAUCCGUCCUUUCUUCCUGAAGCAUGAGUCCCAGGUAGACAGUGUGGUGAAGGACCUGAAAGACAAAGCCAAAGAAACUGCAGAUACCAUCACUAAAGAAGCCAAGAAAGCUACCGUGAAUUUACUGGGUGAAGAAAAGAAGAGCACCUAAAUCAUUGACUGGAUGAAACCUUUCUGCCCUCUCUGUACCUUCGUAUUAGAGCUUGAUGUUAUAUUAGGGACUGUGGUAUCAUCUUAAUGUUGCCUUGAAAACAUUUUUGAUAUAUUAAAAAAUGGAAUGUGUUGUAAGUUUUUUUGCUUACUUUUGCUGUCUGUAUACAUAGAGGGAGCAUUUUAAUUUAAACUUAAUGCAGUGGGUACUGUCCAAAAUUUUGGAAAAUAUAUUUUGCCUCUGGGUAGGAAAUAUUAUGUUACUAUCCUGUGGGAAAUGUAAACUUAAAAUUAUAUAUCCCACAAGCUCUGUACUUCACUGGCUCACUUUGCAUGCACUUUCUCUGUACUUAAAUUUAGGAUAACCUUUGUGGUUCUACUUCAUGUAAUGUACAAUUUUAUAUAAUUCUUAAAUGUUUUUAAUGUAUUUGUGCAUCUAUAUAGGGAAAGGUUACUGUCUGACUAUAACAUGCAUAAUGCUCACAGGGAAGGGGGCAGGAAAAAGCUGUAUAUGCCAUUUAUAACCACCUACCAAAAUCUGGAAGGUACCAUUGUGCUACUGUGAUGUACUAAAUAAUCCUUAAGAAAAUACAAAUGGUAAUAUUCAAAUGAACAAAGUGAGAAGUGAGGUUGAAUGGAGGUUGGCCUGGUUGUUUUCCUAAUAUCAUAGCACCUGAAUACCAGGAGAGCUUUGUAAAGCAGUUAGUGACUCUAGUGAUAAAUGGCAAAAUUUACACACAUCAGUAACCUAUACCUGUCAGUUCUCUGUAGAACUAGGAACUGUGUCUUAUCUGCUUAUAAGCUUUAGAUUUGCCCAUUUUUAAGAUGUUAAAAUAGAAACCAUUCCUGGUUUUUCCUUCAAAGCUGA